CACCCCUCCUCCAGCCGGCCGCAGUGGUUCCUCCCAGCGGCGGGACCGCCCCAGCACCUGGGAGUGGCGCGAGCCGCCUUCGCCGCUGCACACCGCUCCUUCAACGGCUGCUGUCAAACCACACGGGCUGUAGCCGCCAGCUAGCAUCAUGCUAUCACGGUCCCGAUGCGUGUCCCGGACGCUUGGCCGGUCCCUGUCCGCGGCGAAGCAGGCCAAUUAUGUGCUGCUCCGACAAGGUGCAUCUGGUGUCUCUGUCUGCAGCAGGAUAGUUUCCAGGAAUUCUCUGCCAUGUGAAUUUCCAUCAUCAGCAAACAUCUUCCACAUCAGAUACUUCAAGACAUCUGCUGUUCGCAGAGAUGAAGUUGUCACAGUCAAAACUCCUGCAUUUGCGGAAUCUGUUUCAGAGGGAGACGUGAGGUGGGAGAAAGCUGUGGGCGACUCAGUCGCAGAAGAUGAGGUGGUGUGUGAAAUUGAGACUGACAAGACGUCAGUACAAGUCCCUGCUCCAGCAGCCGGUGUCAUUGAGGAACUGCUGGUGCCCGACGGAGGGAAGGUAGAAGGAGGAACGCCCCUCUUCAAACUCAGGAAAGGAGCAGCUGCUGCUGCUGCCGCCAAAGCGGCCCCCUCCCCAGCUGCAGAGGCACAAGCUGCAGCCCCUCCUCCACCACCAUCUCCUCCAGCUUCAACCCCCACAGCCAUGCCUACAGUGCCCCCAGUGCCACCACAUGCUCUCCAAGCAAAACCUGUUUCUGCCGUCAAGCCCACUGCUGCACCUCCAGCACCUUCUCCUGCAGCAGCAGGAGGCCGAGGAGAAAACAGGGUGAAGAUGAACCGUAUGAGGUUGAGGAUCGCCCAGAGGCUGAAGGAGGCUCAGAGCACCUGCGCCAUGCUGACCACCUUCAACGAGGUGGACAUGAGCAACAUUCAGGAGAUGAGAAAAGUCCAUAAGGAUGCUUUCUUAAAGAAGCACAACGUCAAACUGGGUUUCAUGUCAGCGUUCGUGAAGGCUGCCGCACACGCUCUGAUGGACCAACCUGCUGUCAAUGGCGUCAUUGAUGAUGCAACUAAAGAGAUCGUCUACAGGGAUUAUGUGGACAUAAGUGUCGCCGUGGCAACGCCAAAGGGGCUUGUUGUACCAGUGAUCCGUAACGUUGAGACCAUGAACUUCACUGACAUUGAAAAAGCCAUUAAUGCGCUGGGAGAAAAGGCUCGUCACAAUGAGCUCGCUGUUGAAGACAUGGACGGAGGAACUUUCACAAUCAGUAACGGCGGUGUGUUUGGCUCCAUGUUCGGGACGCCCAUCAUCAACCCUCCCCAGUCUGCCAUCCUGGGCAUGCACGGCAUCUUCGACCGACCAGUCGCCAUAAACGGCCAGGUUGAGAUCCGGCCCAUGAUGUACGUGGCGCUGACGUACGACCACAGACUCGUCGACGGCAGAGAAGCUGUCACUUUCUUGCGCAAGAUCAAAGCGGUGGUGGAAGAUCCACGAGUGCUGCUUCUGGACAUGUGAUGUUUUAUUCCACCACAUUACUCGGCUGCAUAAAAUGAACUCCCCCCGUCACAAAAACACACACAAGUCGCACAAAAUCCCUUACACAACUACGGUUAAGUCACACGGCAGGGUCAUACUGAGGUUGUGUGUUCCAACACUACACUCAUGAAACACGCUGUAUUAUCUGGAGAGAUUCAGUUCAGGUAUCCGCCUCCGCUAGGUCAACAAAGCAGAAAGUCAGGAAGUGUUCUUAUCAUCUUUUGACUAAUUGUUUUGCUACAUUUAGAUUUAGCAAAAAAGAUGAGUGGAGAAAAACUGGCAUUCUAGGGUAGAGAAUUGUUGUCCACAACACUGUGUCCAUGUGGUCUUCAGAUGGACACAUGAACCAGUGGAUAGACAUUCGCUGAAUCCUUGUCACAGUACUCAUAAAAUACAAGUAGCUUUUCUCCCGGCAACAGUCGGCUGCAAGACUUUCUCCCCUGCUUAUUAGCCGGUGCUCUCCUGAGCAGCUUUUUCCACAGCUGGGCCAAGCAGAGCUCACUCAAAACGAGGUCAAGAUGUUUUAAUGUUAACACCAGAACGAAAGAUUUCCUUGGUUUGCUGCUAGUUGUCGUCACUAGCUGCAGUCUGAAAGAAAAAAAAAAGGAUCAGCAAACCAGAAAACUGUGUUUGUGUAUGAAACAGUCAGUGCCAUGCCUCCAAAUCCCUGUCAAUUGUGCCAUGAGCACGUGUUUAGAGGCGACCGAGUUCAGUUUUAUUCCUGCUUCGCACAGUCAUUCAUAUUCUACAUGGCAUUUAUUUCUGUUUUAAACUUUUCCUGCUGUUGUCUGGCCACCGACAUCUAAACAUGUUGAUCAUAAGCUUUAAGAUGUUAAAUAGAUAAAUUAAUUCACUGUUCAUGAGCAGAAACUCUCCAAAACACAAACCAGACCCUUUUUGUUUUUAAACAUAUACGUAUAUAUAGUAUGUUGUUACUUUAUCAGCUCAAGACGCACAAUUUCUUUGCAGGUUUUUAUGUUAAACUCCUUUCAAUGUGCUAUCCUUUACAUAAAACACUUGUAUCUAUUUAAAGAAACAAUUCAAAACAUUAAACAUCUCAAGAGUUUAAAGCAAUAAAACUUCUCUUGCACAUUUCCUUCACAAACAUUGUUUACCAUUAGUCCGACAGUGAUUAUCUGGCAAUGAAACGAUUAUUUGAUUAGAUUUUGGUCAAUUUAUAAAUCCGUUAAUUGGCAACAACUUAGAUAAUUAAUUGUUUAAGUUAUCUUUUGUUUUCAUACUCUAAAAUGUUCAAUCACA